UGAGUUAAUCUCCCUCUUGCUCGCUUUCAGACAUGGCUCCUUAUUACGAGGCCUUGUGCAAAUCCCUUGACUGGCAGAUGGACGUGGACUUGCUUAAUAAAAUGAAGAAGGCCAACGAAGACGAGCUGAAACGUUUGGACGAGGAGCUGGAAGAUGCAGAGAAGAAUCUGGGAGAGAGCGAAAUCCGAGACGCCAUGAUGGCAAAGGCCGAGUACCUCUGCCGGAUAGGCGACAAGGAGGGUGCUCUGACAGCCUUUCGCAAGACCUAUGACAAAACUGUGGCCCUGGGUCACCGCCUGGAUAUUGUGUUCUACCUGCUCAGGAUUGGCUUAUUUUACAUGGAUAACGACCUCAUCACGCGGAACACAGAAAAGGCCAAGAGUUUAAUCGAGGAAGGAGGAGACUGGGACAGGAGAAACCGCCUCAAAGUGUAUCAGGGGCUUUACUGUGUGGCGAUCCGUGACUUCAAACAGGCAGCUGAACUCUUCCUCGACACAGUGUCCACCUUUACGUCGUAUGAGCUCAUGGAUUACAAAACCUUCGUCACCUACACUGUGUACGUCAGCAUGAUUGCCUUAGAAAGACCGGACCUCAGGGAGAAGGUCAUCAAAGGGGCCGAGAUCCUGGAGGUGCUGCACCGGCUCCCGGCGGUGCGCCAGUACCUCUUCUCCCUCUAUGAGUGCCGCUACGCCGUCUUCUUCCAGUCCCUAGCUGUCGUGGAGCAGGAAAUGAAAAAGGACUGGCUUUUUGCUCCCCAUUAUCGAUACUACGUAAGAGAAAUGAGAAUUCACGCAUACAGCCAGCUGCUGGAAUCAUACAGGUCCCUGACCCUGGGCUACAUGGCAGAAGCCUUUGGUGUUGGUGUGGAAUUCAUUGAUCAGGAACUCUCCAGAUUCAUCGCUGCAGGGAGGCUACACUGCAAAAUCGAUAAAGUGAACGAAAUAGUGGAAACCAACAGACCUGACAGCAAGAACUGGCAGUACCAAGAAACUAUCAAGAAAGGAGAUCUGCUCUUAAACAGAGUUCAGAAACUUUCCAGAGUAAUUAAUAUGUAACAGCGCAUAUACAACGGAUUUCCUUUAGAGAUGACGAUUUGGAAUUGCUGUAGAUGUCUUUACUGUGUGCCCAGUUCGACUGUAUAAAAUACUGCAUUGUUUCUUUC